AUGUCAGAUAAGCCAUCCAAGCAAUUCUCAGGUGUCAAGAGCAUCUGCGAAGAUAUUUCAAAGCCAGAUGCGAAGGAAUUAUGUAAAAUCUUAAAAGAUGCUCAAUUUGUACCUGAAUUACUCAAAAAACUACACUAUCAAAUUGUUGAGAAGUUCGCACAGAUUGUUCUCGUUAUGGCAUACAACAAUUAUUUAACAAAAGAGGAAAUUACAGAAUUAUGGAAUUUAUCUAUUCAACAACACUCCCAAACGAAUGAUUUCUACUUCAAAUCCUUACUUAAUAUAUUCUCGUCACUACCAAAAGAAAUGAUUGACACUUUAUGGGAUAUUUUUCCAACAUCUGAAUCAUUUCCUCUUCCAGCACUCAGAUUCUUCCAAAAGAUCGCAUUAACAGGUACAUUAGAACAGAGAAAAGCAUUAUUCACAGCUCUCGAUGCUUAUUAUCCCAAAAUUGAGUCAAAUCCAGAAAUUAAAAAUGAUUUAACGGCCGCAUUAUGCGAAAUUCUUCCAAACGAUGACAACAUGGUUACUACAAUACAGAGCAAGUCCUUUGAUCUCAUCAGAAGCCAGCAAAGAGUCGAAUACGCGCUUAGUUUGCUCAAAGCUAGUUCCAAGUAUUUAUCUCCUGAAAACUCCAGAAUUUCCUUUGACCAACUCAUUGAAAUCAUGACAGUCGACAACAACAAGACCAUCAACACCCAGUUCUUCGACCUCAUCGCCCAAAUAAUGUAUAAUUUCAAUGAAAAUUUACCAGAAAGUGAAGUGAAGUCAUUAGAAAAUUUAUUAAGAAAAUUCAUCAAAACUAAUCCGCUUGAAAUCAUCGGAUUGAUCUCCAAAGUCAUUGACAAGACCAAAUACAAAGUCUUGUCGAUCGAAAUAUUGAGUUAUAUCUUUGAAAGUUUCUGCAAAGACGUUCCUUCGGAUAAAAACACUAUUGAUUUCAUUAUUUUCAUUUUCAAGAAGAUAAAUGACAAGUAUUACAAUGAUCCUGGUAACAGUCCAUUUUCCAAAUGCAACAACAACAUCUCUGAGUUCAAAGGUAUCAGUUCUCUUUGGAAAUUGUGUUUUAAAACGAAUAAUGACACAAUUCCUUUAUUUUUAUGUCGAUUGUAUGGGAAAUCAAAAGAUCAUGACAAUAUUGUUGAAUUUGUUAAGAGAUGUAUGAAGCAUCCGAAGCAUUUAGGAUCAUUAAUGGCUUUGCUACACAUUAUUAAUCUAAUUGAAUCGAAUAGAGAUAAAGAAAGCCUUGGUUUGCAAACAAACAAAUUCAUUUCACCUUCAAAUUUUUGUGAUAUGAAUUUGGUCGGAGACAUAAAUGCUACUAUCAAAGUUAGAAAGGACAUCUCUUUUUACGAGAUGAAAGAACGUUUGAGUAGAAUGAUGAGGAACCCUAAAAGUACAAUAGAAAUCAUAAGAGACUCAGAAUACAUGAAUUCUGACAGUUUUUCAACUGAUUUUUCUCCUUUGGAGUAUUUGAUACACGUAAGGAAAGCGGAACAUGUUGUUAGCUUUAAAAUGCCGAGAGUUGACUAUUUUCCAACAUUGAUAUUGACAAGAGAAAAGAAAUACGUCAAACAGUUGUUGGAUUUAGUAAAUUCUGAAUCUGAUGAAAUUUCACAGGCAAGUUUAAGAGUAUUGAAUGAAAUGUGUCCUGACGAAAAGAUCAGAAAAUCUUUACUAAAGAUUGAUGAUUGGAAACAAGUGUUCGAUGAGAAACACAAAGGUUUGUUGAUGUACAAAUUACACAUGUUAGGAAAUUUGUUACUGAAAAAUGAACAUAAUUUCGUUGAACAGUUUUUUAAAACUAAUGGUCCAACUGAAUUAUUUAUGUUCGUUUUGACAAAAUCGAGAAAAGAAUUUCCUAAUUUCGAUAACCUUCGAACUGUUCUGCAGCUCGGCCAAUUUGUUUUUUCAAUGAUUGAGAAACCGGAACAAAUGAAAGAUUUAAUUCAAAAUCUCGGCCAAUCUCAAGUUGAAAACAUUCUUAAAUGGUCGAAUAUCAUAUUAGAAGAAAAACAGACGAAGGAAUCAAUAGAAGUUAUCGACGCACUAUUGACUUUCUUAGUUCAUUUCGCAGAAUACGGUGAACCUUCCGCUUUCUUGACAGAACAAUUCGCAUUGUUAUUCAAAAAAACAAUUUUCCAUUCAAAAAAUUCAAUAAGAAACGGUUUGGUCAAUGUCUGCAAAUUCAUUGAUAAAGUGAAACUUGAGAAAUUGUUGAUAGACGUGUUACCAAGUGCUACGUGUAAUGAAUGUGCUGAAUAUUUCUCUUUACUUGAUUCUGACAAUUUUUCAAACAAAAAUUUAUUGUUUGACAGUGCGAAAAACAUUAUUUUGGGGAAAUACAAUUUCACAGAUAAAGACACAUUAGAGAUCUUGAAGACUUACUCACCGCCUUCCAUUUUUACACAUCAUUUGUUCAAGUUACUUUCGAGUUUAGUUUCAAAAAUAUAUUGUCCAGUUGAAGACAUGAAAAAUCUUUGUAUUUUUUGUAUGAACAACAUCUUGUUUAAUCCUUUGAAGUAUUUCGAUCCAACUAAAGAGUUCUUCGACUUCGUGUUCUACGCAAUCAAACAAGAUGUCUCUAUUUUGGAGAAUAUUAUGCCUUUUCUCGGUUUUUUGAGUCAAAAAAUGCCAGCAGAACAAAAUGUGAACCAUGAAGUGAGAUACAGAGGCAUCUACAACCCAGAACACAAGCAUUCCCACAUAUCUACAUGUGUUCAACAAUUGUAUAACAUAAAAGAGUUCAGAGACCAAAUUUUGAUUCCUCAUGUAACAGAUCCUUUAUGGUUUAACGAGUUACAGUACCUUUUCGCACAGUUAAUGCUGUUCCCGACAACAGCAAUCGAUCCAACGGACUUCAUAACAUCUCUAAAUUGGAAUUCAAGGACUUUGGAAAAUAGAUUAUGUGAUGCAGGAGAUUUUUUGUCACUUUUUUUGGAAAGAAUCGGAAAAAUUGUGCCGCAGUUGAAAGAUUUGUAUACAGGAAAAGUUUCACAUGAAGUUAAAGGAACUAGUCAGCAUUUCAAGCAGGAAAUUGUUACUGAUUUCAUUCUUUUCCCUUUGGAAAUCAAAGAAAACAAAAAUAUUUACCAAAGUUUCCAAACUUUCCUUCAUCCGGACAUUCUAAGUGGUGCUGAACAGUAUUUAGCAGAAGGAAUAGGUAAAAUCGAUGCCAUUUCGUACUCCAAAGUCACUGUUGCUCCGAAAAUCAUGAUUUUCCAACUGAAAAGAUUCGAAACAAAUUUGGCAACAGGAGAUCGCCAGAAAAUUAGCUCCAGAUUCAGUUUCCCGAGAACUCUUGAUAUCUCUAGUAUCAUGAAAGUUGUCAACCAGCCAGUGAUGUAUGAUUUGAUCGGUGUAACUGUUCACGCGGGAAAUUUGAUGCCUGGUUAUUUCUAUUCGUACCAAAAAUGUGACAAUGAUGAUGAUUGGCGAAUUUUCAAUGACGCGAGAGUUGCUUCUAUCUCUAAUACAAGGCUUAACCAGUUCUUGAGCCUUGGAGAGACAAACAUGAACAAUUAUUACAACGGGAAUUCCGAACAAAGUGAAAGAUCAGACACCGCUUAUUUGUUGUUUUAUCGACAAAAAGAAUUUUCUGAAAAAAUUUCUGAUUCUGAUGUUGACCAACAAAUUUUAACAAAAAUAGUGGCAAAUGUACAAAACCUUGUACAAGGAAAGAUGAUAACCAACAGCUUGUACUUCGAUUUCAUCUUGGAUAUUGCGAAAACAACAAACAACGCUCAAUUGGCUUUUACUUGUUUGUCAAAACUUUUGAAGUCAAUUUUUGAUGAACAAAAACUACUUUUAUUAAUAGAAGAAGUGAGGAAUUUGUGCAAAUCACAUAAUGAAGUAUAUGAAAAUGUACUUGGCGAGAAGGAUAACUACGAACAAUUCCUUCUAAAAGAGAAAUCAAUAAAAGUAAGACAGAGUUAUUCCGAAUUCAUUUAUGAAGCGAUUUCCGUGACAAAAAACUCAAAAUUUUAUUUCGAAUUUCUUGAAAGGAAUCUUGCGAAAUGCGCUGAUUACUGGGAUAAGCUUGAGUCCUUCUUAGUUCCUUUGAUUAAGCUUGCAGAAAAAGAUGAAAUUGAUCAUUCAGAGUGGAUGAACAAAAUCAUGAAUUUCUUGACAUUAAAAUUAACUGAAACUUUGCCAUCAAGAGGAAGAAACCUAAAUUACAUACUUAAAUCGAUAGAUCUCAGUCCAUUCUUCAAGAUCAUUGUAACAAUCCUUAAACACAAUGACAUCUGCAGGAAUGAAUACAGAGGAACUCUUCUUUCUCAAGAUUUUUUCAGAUCUCUUUUGUCUUCGAAGAAAAACACGCAAGGAAUCAUCGCAAUAUGGCUGAUGCUCACUGAAACAUCACUUCCUAAGUUCAUACAGAGCAUCACCAUCAAUAAAUCAUGGACAAACGAUGAACUUGCCGCUUUCUUUAUCUUCGGAUCCCAUGUUUACAAAGAAAAUCCAAGUCUUUUGACGUGGAGUCUUGAAAGCACGAUUGUCUUUGACAUGAACAAACUGAGUGACUUCAUAGCAGCUAUAAACGACAGGAUAACGCGUAAUGAUCCUAAUUUGGAAGCCGCUUUGAUGUCGAAGAUCGCUUUCAUCACUGAACAUUGGAUUUUAUCUCGAGGAGAAAAUGUCAGAAGAAACACUUGGACAUUAUAUCGAACAACUUACCAAAACAACUGGUCAGAGACCCAGAGAUCGUUGGUAAAGACAAUCUGUAAGAAGAUGUUCGAAAAACUCCCACAAAUGACAGAGAUUUCAGUAGCAGUUUCCAAUAUUCAUGAAGCGCCAAUUGAAAUUUAUUUCUCAAUUUUGAAAUGGUCUGUUCAAUUUUCUGACGGUUUUGAAUUUGCCAUAAAGAAUUCGAAAUACAUAAUCAACGCCAUGUCAAAGUUCAAAAGCAAUGACCAGCUAUGCGAUAAGUUCAUGACAUUCGUUAUUAUGUUUUUGGAUGGUGUUGUUCAGCGUGGAGAACCUGCAAAACAGUUUUUCGAAAACGGUUCUUACUCGAGAUUUAUUGAUGUUCUUUUUGAGUCGAAAUUCUUUGCUCAACAGUCGAGUUCCUCCAGGGAUAUCUGCUUGAGAAUCAUACUGAAGCUUACACCGAAUUCAUGCUUCUCGAGGUUCAUUAAAUCAUCUGUUUUCGACUCAGCCGUUUCCUAUUACAUGAUGAGCCAAUCUCAAGUAAAAGACGACAUUUUGAGAUUUGUCAUGGAAAACAUUUCGAAAGAAACGGAGAAGAAAGUGUACAAAACUCUGUUCCACCGGGACUAUUUCAAAGGCCAUUGCAAAGUCAACUCAUCGCACUACUUCAAGCUGUGUACAAAUGUAAUGAAAGAAUAUCCUGACUUAGGAGAAAGAUUCGUAAGUGAAGGAAAUUUUGACAUUUUAGUCAAAAAUUUGACGCACUUUUUCAAGAAAAACUUAAAGAUUGGGAACGAACCGGUCGAGAAGAUCCAUUUGCUAACAAAUGUUGUUGUUGCUGUUGGCUCUCUUUCAAACACAUCCAAAGCCAAGAACGAAAUGGUCAAGAAACUCAAAUCAAGUACAGAUUUAAUUGCAAAUUUGCUCAAAAACGGUUUCUCUUCAAAUGAUGCGAAUUUCUUCUGCGCGGCCUGCAAAUUCAGCGAGUCAUUGAUAGUUAUAGAGAUGCUGAGCACUGUUCUCUCCAACUGGGACAGUCUUUCUCGAAACAUCACGAUGGAAACAUUGAACACAGCGAUGUCUUUGAUCAGAUUAGUUUCUGUUGUGAAUACAAACGACAAAGCGAUAAAGAUUGUUGUUUCCACGGCCAUUCUCUCACAGUUUAAGACGGCCCCACCUUACGCAUUCCCUGAUAUCUGUAUAAUUCUCAAACCUUUCGUUGACGAAGAAUCAAUUUACCAAGAUUUCCAAAAAAUUUUGACAAGAGUCGUAACAAGGCAUCCUGACCCUUACUACUUCAGGAAAUACGUCAGGGACUACUUGUUCGACUUCAUAGAGAAGGGAGAAAAGCCUGAGCCAUUCUGCAAAGCGUGUUUGAAACUUGUAAAAGGUGCUUACGCGAAUGUUGUCGCAAAUAACGAAGGAGCACUGGUUGAUUUGAGGAGUUUGAUGGAAUUCUUGCUGGAAUUGUCAAAGAGAACUAAGAAAACUAUAUCUAACAUAGGUUUAACUGAUGAUCAGAAACAAAUUUUGGCUCAUUUGAUGAGUAAGUCAAAGAAUCCGAUUGCACCUGAUAUAUUGUAUUUACUUACAGCGUUACAAGAAUAA